AGGAUCGUUAGUACUAAAGAUUCUGCACUCCUCCUUAACUCUCACACACACAAAAAUAAUUCCUUCCUCCCUCGCCCUGUAAGUGUAUACUCGUCAGACGUCAUGAUACGUCAUCAGAAGUGUCCACUUCAUUUGAGGGCUGAGGGGAUAGGGUGUGUCUUUUAAGUGUUUGGACUGCAACAACACAGAACUCCCCGAUCGUUUUUUCCAUCAUGGCUCCAUCCGCAGACAGGCUGGGAUACUGGGGGCGGCCAACCUCAACGCUAGAUUGGUGUGAGGAUAAUUAUGUCGUCUCUUUCUACAUCGCAGAAUUCUGGAACACUGUCAGCAACCUGAUUAUGAUCCUGCCUCCCAUCUACGGUGCCAUCCAGACGUAUAAAGAUGGCCUAGAGUUCCGCUACGUCUACUCUUUUCUGGGACUGGCAGCUGUUGGCAUUGGUUCCUGGUGCUUCCAUAUGACGCUGCAAUAUGAGAUGCAGUUGCUGGAUGAGCUGCCAAUGAUCUACAGCACCUGUGUCUUUGUCUACUGUCUAUAUGAAUGCUUCAAGCAAGAAAACACUCUGAGUUUAUUUCCUAUCACAUUGUUAUUGUUCUUCAGUGUCUCAGUCAGUGUGGUGUAUUUACAAUGGAAAGAGCCAGUAUUUCACCAGGUCAUGUAUGGUGCGCUUGUAGCCUGCUUGGUGAUGCGUUCUAUCUUCAUAGUUACAUGGGUGUACCCCUGGCUCAAACCUAUGUGUUACAUCUCCCUGAGUGUCUUCCUGCUGGGGUUCCUGUUGUGGAACAUUGAUAAUCUGGCAUGUGACUCACUCAGAUCCACCAGACAGAGAUUGCCCCCUGUUGUUGGGGCGGUGACACAGUUCCAUGCCUGGUGGCACAUCCUCACAGGCCUGGGCUCCUACCUACACAUACUCUUCAGCCUCCAGAUACGGUCAAUCUACCUCAAACACAGACCAAAAGUAAAGUUUAUAUGUGGAGUGUGGCCCAUGUUGCACAUGGAGGCUCAGAAGACAAGCUGAGUGGCUGGGGACCAUGAAGGAGGGUGACUACCAUACAACAGGCAUCAGCAAAGGGACCUGACCUGCCAGUCUGCCAACUCCCCCUCUGCUGUCUCUGGGACACAUACUGUACACCCCACUACCAGAGGUCUGGCAACCUACCACUCCAGGGACCCUUUUGUUUAGCACUGUGUGGAUUUGCCAAGUACAGCAUAGCGUUGAGUGUUGAUAUGGAAUGGAAUGAUUUUUCUCUUUCAUCGAUCACAAUCGGAUUUUCAUGGUGAUGUUGUAGUGUUUUUGUUUUUAAGUUCUCAAACAUUUUGAAUGCAUUAAUGUACAUACAGUAUAGUAUGUCGAUGCAGAUAUGAUAUGUAGCUGCCCUGCCCGAACAUGGAUAUUUUCUGGAAUAUGAUUAAGAAAAAAGGCAGUAGUCAUAAAAACACAUGUAAAUUAUAUUAGUGUAUGUAUUAUAACAUUCAAUAUAAUACUUUAGCAUAUUCACAAGCCA